AUGGGGUACUCGCUGUGGUAUUUAGAGAAUUUAGACAUGUACAAUGAAGAACCAAUCCGAAUUAAGAAAUUCAAGAAAGAAGAAGUCUUGGCUGAUAUGAUAGGCGAAGUUGAAUUUCACAUUGAUAAUGGACCAACAGUUAAAAUUCCUAAGAAUCUACCCGAUUUAGAAGAACAAGAAAUCGCUUUCUCAGCCCUUCCAGAUAUCCGAUCGGCCGGUCUUCACCAAGAAUCCUUCAUUUUCACUACACCCCAAGGAUACUUCCAUGUCUCAUUCAUCCAAGAGAAAGAUCAAGAAGCUAAACGAGGUUAUAUCCAACGCAGUGUCUUUAUUCGUACCUCCCAAAUCAUCAACUACCUGCCCCAAUACCUCUCCACCCAUCUCAAACACCCAAAUGAUUAUACAGCUUCUAAUGUGCUUAAUCUUCUUAUCCAACUUAUUUCUCUUGAUCCUAAACCUCUACCUACUACUCCACUCCCUAACUCCUUCCAAAAGUUACGUCAUAAGCACAAGAAACAUAUCUUUGAAAACCUCAUUAAAUCCCAAAGAUUCUUAGUUCUAGGUGCUACCCCAACUGAAGUUUCCACAGUUGUUUGUGAACUAGCUACAUUCAGUGGACUCCCCUACGGCGGUCAAAUCUUUCCUUACAAAUCAUCUUUCUUUGCCCAAAGCUCCGACCUCCAUCUUAUUAUUGGCGCCACCAACGAACAUAUCUUCAAAAAAGACUCUUUCACUAAUGUUAUAGACUUAACUAAAUCUAUCUUCACCAGUACAUCACCACCCACCACAACUAACUUAGAAACUCACUUCCUCCGACUCAGCGAGUACUUCCAUCAGAACCCAGAAACCUUCCAAACCUCCAAAUUCCUCCAACACCUUGAUAACUUCGGCCUCGACCUACGUACCAAAAGAGUCCUACGUGAAUUCUUUGCCGGCCCAGGAUUCACUGCCUGGCUCCGCAUCCAAGGAUACACCAAUUAA